GAUUUAUUUGUUAAAAUUUUCCUUCCUCAAAAUAAAGUCAUUUUAGCUAAUUUUAUCACGUAUAAUAUUUUAUUAGUGCUGUAAAAGUGGUGCAUGUAAUGAUUUCUACAGGAUAUGUGAUGUAAUUGAAGUGGAAAUCAUGUAUAUAAAACAGUUUUGUAUUAUUUUACUUUUCUUCAGUUUGAAGAAUUAUGCGAAAGAACAGUCAGGAACUGUAGAAGAAUAUAUAAAUAAGAAAAUUGAGGUUAUUAAUACAAAGACAACGGAACUAAUAGAGCAUGAUGUAAUUAAGCUGAAAGAGCCUGCGGCAUCUCUAGCAUGUGAUAAUACCAAAGGAGACAAGAUCAAGAUUAUUAAAGACGUCGACGGCUAUUUCUUCUUCCUGAGUGUCAAUGAAUUACUUGCUAUAAAGGUGAAUGGUGAAAAUGUUGCUGAAUUAUAUUUUAUUGGAACUCUAUUGGAUAUUGAAGAGAAUGAUCCAAUCAUCGAUAUACAAAUGGAAAGAUGGAAGAACUUUUACAUGAUUGUGAUCCAGCAAUCAUCCAAAUUAAAGAUUUAUCUCGUUAAAUUUGAUAUAACCGAUAGUCCUGAUAUCAAUCAUAUACAAAAAAUCAACAUUGAAACGUUAACUGAUAAGUUUAAGGUAUUCAGGAAAGGAAAUGAUGUGCAUAUGGUGAUUUAUCAUAUAAAUGAAAAUACAGAGAAUGAAUUGAUAUUUUAUACGUGGCACAAUUCGUACUUCUCGAAGGAAUCAACAGAACAAGCAGAACUGCCAAAUAAGAGCGACUUAUUUGUAUUCAAUGAGAGUGUGAAUGAGACAUUAAUAUUGUCAAUAGGCUAUGGAUUGGGAAAUCAAUCAACACAAGUGGUAACUUUUCGACACGACAAACAAUCAAAUCGCUGGAAGAAGCUCCAAAAGAUGCAUUUCAAGAACGACUAUAUCGAGCACUUUUCCAUUCAUGAGAAGCUUUAUAUUAUUGGAUGUUCCACAGAUUCAUUCUGUGCAAUCUACAAAUGGAGUGGGUCAAAUUUUCUACGGCAUCAGAAAAUAUCGAGUAGUGUCUUUGAGAUAAUAAAGACCAUUUAUUCACGACACAACAUCAUCAUAAUUGAAAACUUUCAGAAUAAGCUCUCAUUGUAUUCUCGUAGUGACAUAAUCGGUAUUAAAGCAGGAUUAGUUCGCUCUAAAUCCAAUGACAUUUCGGAAUAUACAGUUUACAAGUCAAGAGAAGGACACUUGUAUUACGUUGAAAUAGCUAAAAAUGAAACAUCAAUGCGUGCAAGUUUCUAUGAAAUGUCAAUAACUGAGGUGGCUCAUGUGAAAGGAACCAGAUCUGACGCAAAAGACAUUGAUCCCAUAGAAUGUGUAAUGCAGUUAAAGGCUUCAAUGAAAAAUCGCGUAGGAGGCAUCAAAUCGUCUGAACGCAAUGCUAAAAGUUUAAUAGAGAAUCCUGGGAAAUUGAACAUCAACAAUAAGAAAUUCAUUAACGCAAGAUAUGUAAAUCUCAAAGAUGCAGUUGUUGGUUCCUUGAAAAUGCCAUAUAAUGUGAGCGUAGUCACAAAAGACUUGAUGGAAAAUAUUGUGACUUCAAAUGUGCAGCUUGAGAAAAUCAGACAAAGCUUAAGAGACGGAUCUGCAUGGAAACAAUAUGAACGAGCGCGAGAAAAUAUUGAGAAUGAGUUUGGAAACAUUAAUGUCAAUAAUCUGGUUUAUAAUGGCAAUCAACUGAUAUUCAAAGGAAUGGUGAGCAAGUCUCAACCGGUAAUAACAUUCACAGAUCAAGUUAAGUUGAGCAACAUUAGUGCUAAUAAGCUUGAUAUAAAAUCAAAUAAAAUCAACCUUAUUCCAUUGAAUAAAUUAUUGAAUGCGACAAUAACAAAGUCUGUAAAAGGAACAAAGAAUCUACAGACAUUAAGAAUUGAUGAAACACAAAUAACUGAAAUGAUGAAUAAUGUGCCAUUAACGUUCCUAAACUCUACGGAAAAUAAAUUGAAACAAUCAAGGAAAAUCAACUUUAAUGGAGACAUCAAUGUAGAACAUUUGAAAGUUAAAACACUGAAUAGAUUUGAUGUCACAAAAUUGAUGAAUGAUUUGUAUCUGAAGGAUAAUAAGACUAAGAUCCAAGGCGAUUUAUUUGUAAGAAGUUCCUUUAAUGUUGAAAAUUUAUUUGCAAAUCGCAUAAAGUCAAUUCCAGUCAAUAAUUUCAUGACGACAUCUACAGACCAAGAAAUUCAGUCAGAUACUUUAAUAUCCAAGUUCCAUGCAAGUGUUAUUAAUGCAAAUGCUGUCAAUGCUGAAGAUACCUCGAAUUUUGCUCUAAUUAAUGCCCAAAAUUUAAUUGAAAUUCCAACAAAAUUCAUGUUUUUGAAUGUCAAAGAGAAUCUGAACAUUAAGGACGGCGAUGUUGAUGUUAAAGAAAUUCAGAACUUUAUUCAUUUAAUUAAAAGACAUGUCAUUGGAACUGAUUCAUCAGAUUUAGCUCAAAUUUAUAAUGGAAAAGUUCUCAUUCAAGGAUCAUUGACAUUAAGUAACAUGGAUAUAUUCUCACCGAAAACAAGGAUUAUUGUGAAUGAUAUGGUAGUUCCUCUAAACAUUACUGAUAAUUAUUGGACGAAAAGUACGAAGCAGGAGAUUUAUGUUGACAACUUUAUUAUUUCAAAUAAUGCAGUUAUGAAUGGAAUCAUCACAAAAAGCUUAAAUAAUCAUCCAGUAAACAAUUAUCUUCGUAUAGACAACAAUGUGUUCCAAGGAGAAGUUCAGUUACGUUUUGAAAAUGUAAUUAUAGAUGGCGAAGUUAAAGGACAUCCAAAAAAUUACCCAUCUUUAUUGCUUCAACUAAGUCAGAAUGUAAUUCCACUUUAUGGACCUCCGAUUAGUGUAUCAAGUCCAGUAGAAUUCCGAAAUAAGUUGACUGUUAAGAAAUUAUACACAGGUUCUAUUAAUGGCAUAUCUGCUGAUUCUUUGGUUCACAAACAUCUUCAAUUGAUUCUAUUUGAAGCACCAAAAGUUGUUGAGAAUUUAAAUGUCAAUAAUCUUAUCGUCGAUAAUAGCAUAUCCAUCACAAAUUACAAUAAUGUAAAUGUACCAAAAUUCUUAAAUGACGCAAUACGUAUAGACAUGCCAAUACUCCUUGAUUCUUUAAAAAUGAAGUCAUUCAAUGCUUACAACUUGACUGUGGAUGAUUUAGAGCAACAUAAUCUCAAUAUAAUGAUAAAGAAUCUCGUUGAGGAACUAGAUUUUAGCAAGGAAUCAAGUAAAGGAAAGAGAAGCAUUAGAAUUCAUGGAGAUGCAACAUUUAAUGCUAAUAUCUUUAUUGACCUGCUUAACACCAAAAUGGAUUUCAAUGAAUUUGUUAAUUUGCUAGCUUUAAACAUUAAUGAACCACAAGAAAUUGGAGGAAAGAAAAUUUUCCAAAAAGGAUUAAUAAUAACUGAUAAUUUAGACACGAAAAGUAUUAAUGGAUUCUCAACAGAUCGUUUGCUACACUCAUCGUUAUGUCGAGGUGAUAAGCAGACAAUUAAAGGACAAAUCUUUGUAAAAACCUUAAAAGUAAAUGAACUGCACACAAAUAAGUUGAAUGAAAUUUUAUGGAAUCAAUUGAUUAAUAAGGAGGAGCUGCAUUUGCCAUUAAAGAUAAAUAUUGAUUUGGAUGAGAUUGAGACUGAGGAUUUAUACACAAAUUCAACAAUAACAGAUUUUGGUAGAAUGCUGAAAAUUAUUCAAUUUCCACCAAGAAAGAAUUGGAAUUCAAUAACUGCCUUAAAAGGCUCUGAUAUACUUUUUGGAACUGACACUUAUUUAGAUCGAUUGAUAAGUGAUGGUGUUGUUAAAAGUGUUCCGCAAGAAAUAUUAGCACAAGUUGAAAUUGAGAGUAAGUUCUAUAUGAGAAAUGUCAUGAAAAGGGAUUAUUUCAUAAAUACAAGAACAUCAGUGAUUGAUAUUAAAUACCUUAACGAAGACUCUGUCAAAGACAAUUCAUCGAACGAAAUAAUUCGUGGAAGGAAGACUGUAGCUAGAGGCUAUAGGUUUGAUGCAAACAAUAUGAUAAUUGGUCAUCAGUGCAACUUCUAUUCAACCUAUAUCAAUAACGUGAACGUAAUGGAAUUAAAUAAAACAAUUUGUCGACGCAGUGAAAGCUUAAAUUCCCACAAGAGAUUUGCUAAUUUAGAAGUGGAUGAAUUAUACAUGCAAAGUGGAUUAUUGAAUGGCGUGGCACUUUUGAGUAUUUUUCAAAUUACCCACGACAAUAUUAGAUUGCCAGAAAUAAAUUUCCAAUACUUAGAAGUGGAUAAUUUGAAGACAUUUUCAUUCAACACUUAUUCGUUAUUGCUUUUCCUCGAAACUAGAUUAAGGAAGUAUGGUUCAAAAUCUCAAAGCAUUAGAAGCUACCUUACUAUAAAUUCAGUCCAAUUUGAUAAUGAUACAAGUAUAAUGGCAAUUAAUAAUGUCAAUUUAGAUGAUGCAGUUUAUCUUCAAUCCGAUCAAUUACAAAUUAUUGAUGGCCAUAAGAUUGUUACUGGAAGUGUCAAAAUCAUAGGACCAGCACAUAUUGGAACAAUAAAUAAUAUUGACAUAGUCGAAUUUCAUCGAAAUACAGUUGAUAUCUAUCAAGAUUAUCGAUCGAAUGUCCCACUUAAAUUAUCACAAGUUGAGCUUAAGAAUGGAAUGCAUAUUACAAAGAAUAUAAAUGAUCGGAAUAUUGAUGAAUUGCUAUCCUCAAAUGCUCAUAGUCCAAAACUUAAUGACCUUAUGACAUUGAUUGCAAAUGUUACUAAACAAAUCACAGCUAUAGAUCAUGAAAAGUCAUCAAAAAGGAAAAGGAAGAGGAUGCUGUACAUUGAUGUCGAUGAAAAUAUUGAUUUUCAAUUUAAAACACCUAGAAGUAAUGAUGGAAAUGAGUGUUCUAUACGAAAUGAGAUAGAUUUUAAGCCUUAUUCUAAAGGAGUUAUAAUAACACAAAAGUCAGAUCUGGAAAUGUCUGUGGAUUUGCCGUCCGUCAAGUUCAAAUUAAAUCCAAAUUUUGAUUGUGAUGAAAGUGAUGUGAACAGUCGAAAAAUUGAUUUAUGGUGGAAUUAUCCAAAUGAUAAGGAACGAGCUGAAAAUACAUUCUUUAGGAAUUUCACAUUUGAGAAGAAUGUGACGGACGUAAAGUUUAUGGAAUCGGCUGAUAAUAAAUUUAUAUUGAUUGCUGUGGCUCUUCAAAAUGUUGGAACCUCUGAAAUUCUAUUUUUAAGACUUGAUAAAGCUACAGAUGAAUUGAUUCCACAUGCACCGACAAUUGUUGGCUUUUAUGAGACAUCUAAAAUAGCAAUAAUUGAAUCGAGCAAUAAAAUCCAUUAUCUAGUCGUGUCAUCGUUCCAAAAGGAAACAGAAAAUGAUAAAGUUUUCAUCUACAGAUUUGACUCGACUCAAGGUCAAUUUGUUCAGUCACAAAAGCCAUUUUCUGGCAGUAACUUUGAUAUAAUUCUUGGAAUUAAUGUAAAAACUUUGACUGGAUUUAGAGGACGAACUUUCAUCCUUUUUGCUAAAACUAAUGGAAAGCAAGUCCGAAUAUAUCAAAGGAAGGACGAAACUGAUGAAUUUAUAUUCCAUAAAAUGAUUGAUGACUUUAAAGAUAGUAUUGUGGAAGUUCUAGUGCUUUAUAUUAAUGAGAAACCUUUCAUCAUUGUCAGUCAAAAGUCAGGCUUAUUCUGUCUAUACGAAUGGCGUGGAAUUGAAAGUUGGAAGAGUAAAUCUUGUGGACGAUUCGAAAAUAUCCAUCAAAUGAAAUCUUUUGAGUAUCUCAAUAGACAGCAUCUAUUUUUGGCAUCGAUUGUACAAAAUUCUACACCUUCAAUUAAUGCAUUAACUAUUUAUAGUCAAGGAAAUUAAUGUCAUACGUCGUUAUUUAGCAUAAAUGUCUGCUAAAGUUUUGUAUUUAAAAAAUAUUAUUAUUAUUAUCGUAGUAAGUUUGUGAAAAUAAAGUUGAAAAUUGAGAAAUAAUUUUCGAAUAUUUAAG